UUUUUAAGUUGGCAGCACUUCUUGGCGCGGAAGUGGGAGUCUUCCAGGUUUGAAAAGUGUUUCAGUUUUCUAUCUUCAGACGUGUGUGAAAAAAGUUGAAUUAUUUCUCGCUAUGGAGAACGAAAUGAAGUCAAUUUCGCAGCCGGGCGUGUCGAAUACGUUAAGGAGAAGAACGAAUUUCGGCCAAACAGUUCAUUCCCAGCCGAAUUUGGAGAACCCCGAGCCGAGGGCAGAGCCCAUCGAGACUAUGACCCAAGAAGGGGACAUUUUCGACGGCGAGUGUAUUGAAGAUAUGAAAAAAUUCGAACCGGACGAAUUAUUCGAAAAGUACAAAGAGCUAGGAGGUGAGCUUGAAAAGCACCUACGCCAGUUGGAAAGCAAGAAUUCUCUCCUCGUCAACGUUUUGGGCCAAUGCAACAACGAAUGCGAAUUGCUGAGACAGCAGAAAGACUUCCAGCAGAAGGCACUAGUCGAGCUUCAGCUCAAGGUCGAACACCUCAGCUCAAAAGAACAAGCUCUUAUUCAAGAGUGCUUCGAAGAAAGGGACUUCAAGUUGCAGCUCAUAAACGAGGAAUUUCAAACGGCAUUCAACAAUAAUAACUACAUAAUGGAUACCAUUUCGAAAAUGAAUGACAUUCUCAAAUCUGACAGAGAUGACUUCGACAGGCUACUUACUGCAAUUGUCGAUGAGUUGAAACUGACAGAAACAUCCGGGCGAAACUACAUUAAAAAAAUGAGAGAACUAUUACAAGUCUACGAAUCUGAAAACACCUCGUUGAACAAUUCCAUACAAGAGAUCGAUAAGGAGCUCGAGUUCACGAUUGAACUCUUUAAAAAUAACAAACAGAUCAAGUUAGAAAAGAGAACAUCUAUUGAACAGAAAAAGAAAUCACUGGAAACUAUUUCCGACAAAAUUACAGAGAAUUGUAGAGAAAUUGAAGAAUAUAAAAAGAAAAUAGUCGAAAUGGAGUUGAACGCGAAUUAUCUCGAUCAAAAUUACAACGAAAAAAGCGAGGCUAAUAGAAAUUCAUUGAAUCAGAAAAGAAAUGAGUUAGAAAUCCUGUGCAAUUCUAUAGUUGAGAAAAAGCAAAUGCUGGUAAGAAACGAAGUUGAAUUUGACGAUCUCGUUGAAGAGAACAACCGCCUCCUUUCACAAAUUGACUUGAUCCUUGCCGAAAAGGAAGAGCUUUUGAAAGAAAUAGAAGGGACGACAAACAUCGUCGGCAAGCUCAAAUCGCAACUUGAAACUGAAAGAAGUCAGUGUUGCAAAAUGGAAAAGCUUCCAGAGGUGCUUCACGUACUCGACGAACAAGAAGUCUCGAUCAAGAGUGAAAAAGACAAAACGAUAGAGCUGACGAAAGACAAAAUGGCCGGGAUUGAAAGGCUUUUGAAGGAGCUGGCACUGGUCGAAGCAGAAGACGCCGACCUUUCUAGUCAAAUAACAGAAAUCAACAAAAGCAACGCUGAAAAAAAGAGAAUCGUUGCUUCCACUGACGAAGAGUUGACUUCGGCCACGUUGGCUUAUGAAAAUACUAAAAACGAAGCGGAUCGACUAACGGCUUUGGAAAAAGAAUUGAACGAUUUGGCCGGCGAAUUCGAAGCCGGAAAUCAGGCGUUGAUGCUUUUAGACAAAGAAAUUGAAAGAUUCAAUAAAGAAAUCAAUGAAACACAAAAGAAAACGCGUGAUAUAGAUAUCGUCAUGAAUAAACAAAACGAGGAAAAGAUUAAGAAAUCGGAAGAGAUGAAUAUUUGGAAUGAAAGUUACGACGUUAUACAAGAGAUGCUGGAAGAUAUCGUUGAAAAUAUCGAAGAGAUUUUGAAAACAAAAGAGUCCAGCGGGAAAAUCGACGAACUGAAAGCAGAAUUGCAAAACGUCGAUGAGACGCUACAAGAGCUGCAGGCCCAGAAAGCUCAAAAUUUCGUUUCGAUAACUAAUUCCCACUUGUUCGAAGUCGACAGGUUGAAGGAGCAAAUUAAAAAAUUGACCUUGACGACUCAAGCGUAUUUGAACAAGAAAGAAGAGUGCCUGAAACGUUAUAAAAAUGCGGUGCCGACGAUUCAAGUUGAGUGCAACACAAACAAAAGAAUAGCUGCACAAGCGUUGAAUAAACUAUCGGAAAAAAUGAAAAUUGGGAUGGACUGUCUGGAAGAAAUGAUAGAAUUCUACAGACAUAUACAGGAGAAGACGCAUGGCGAGGAUACCCGAGCCACAAAAUAUUUAAGGGUCUGCACAGGCAUCAACCAACAGUUGUCGAAUCCGAUGUCCCAAAUGUUAAAAUACACCGGGUUGAAAAACAUCGACUUGAAAUCUCCCACUUAUAAAACGUACAGACAGGUCUUCGACACGUUCAGAGAGAAAUUUAUAAACCUUUUCACAGAUCAGAGCCUUACUUUGAAAGACAAAAAGGACAAUAUCGUCGGAAUGGCAGUCAGUAUCUAUGGAAAGUUACCGAACGUUCCGAGAGUGGAAAGUCCCUGCGAGUCCCUUGUCUCAAGCACAAGCACAAUGACUCCGUAGAAUGUCUUAUACAAAGGAUCUAUGUUAUCUGAUUUAAAACGUAUUUUCUGUAUAUAAAUAAAUUAAUUUUUUGGUUGUUUUUUUAUUUUUUUGAAAACUGAACGAUAUUGAAGAUUUUAGUCCGCGCCGCUGAGGGUCGCCUUUAUCAUCGUCCAGGUUAUGUUUACAUCGUGAACAAUGCUGUUUUCCAUGGACAUACCAUGAAGAAGGACC